AUGCAACUUCUGGCAACGCUGCGCUUCUUUGCCACAGGCUCAUAUUACACUGUUCAUGGUGACCUCCAUGACAUCAGUGUACCCUCAGCCACCUGUGAUGCUAACUACAAACUAACUAUUGUCGUAGCCAGGUGGCCUGGCAGUACCCACAAUAGCGCCAUCAUCCAUGGAAGCAUUCUUGGACAGAGAUUCACCAAUGGACAACUAACUGGAGUGCUCCUUGGAGACACAGGAUAUGCACUUCGUCCAUGGCUGAUGACACCCAUCUUGAACCCAGCAACAAAUGCUGAGCGACGAUACAACAGGAGUCACAGAAAGUCGCGAGUGGUCAUUGAGCAGACGUUCGGCCAGCUCAAGAGGAAAUUUCCUUGUCUGGCUCUUGGCAUGAGAAUGGCUCCUCAGAGGGCAUGUGUCAUCAUCAGGGCCUGCUGCGUGCUCUUCAACCUCUCCAAGGAGUUUGGCCAGCCAGAUCUGGAAGAUGGAGACGAUGACAAUGCUGAUGAGAAUGAUGAAUUGCUGUAUGAAAGUCAUAUCCAUGAUGGGCAACUCCAUCGCAUCAUGCUCAUCAACAGAUAUUUCUAAAUACAAAAUAAAAAAAGGUUAAAUGUGUAUAAAAUACUGUUAU